GACCAAGGAACAAACUGCCGAUCCUGUUGAGCAAUCUGCUACCGAUAGUCCUGUAAAGAAGGCUAUUUUUAUGGAACAUCCCGCUGCUGCUGCUGAAGAAACCGCUUCUGACGAGCUUAAAGGCUUGUCAGUCAGCGACAUUCCUACUCUGUUGGCUGCUGGUGCACAAGCCUAUGCCAUGAGCAACUUUUCUCUGGCAGCCGAGAAGUUGUCCAUUGCCUCUCAACUCCAGACCGAAAUGUAUGGCCAAAAGUCGAGGGAAAGUGCAGAGAUUCUGUUUCAUUAUGGACGAGCACUUCUUGCGAAUGCUGUGCAAAAGAACUCUCUUCUUGGAGAGAAUGUGGGCGAAGCCGGUGCUGCAUCUUUUUCUGAAUCUGUUGCUACUGGUUCCACACCUGGAAAGGCUGGUCAUUUUGUUUUUAAUGGUGAUGAGGAGAACUCGGAGGAUGACGAUGAAUGUGCAGAAGAGCAGGUAGAAAGAGCCGAUGUCGAUGAGAAUGGCGGCGACGAUGGUGUUGCAUUGGGUGAUAUCGAUGAAGAAGAUCCAGAAGAUCUUGAAAUUGCCUGGGAAACAUUUGAUCUUGUCCGUAUCAUUUACACUGAGUCAGAAGUGCCAGAAGAUAAAAAGAAACUUGGCGAGGUGUACAUGGCUUUAGGAGAUGUAUCUCUUGAGUCUGGCAAUUUUGAGCAAGCCAUUACAGACUUUUUAACUGCUUUGCGAAUCAAAGAGGAAACUCUUGAUAGCGAUGACAGAGAGUUGGCAGAGGCGCACUACAAGCUUGCAUUGGCGCUUGAAUAUUCCGAGCAGAUCGAGGAUGCCAUCGUUCAGGUUACACAAACCACUACAGUUCUCGAGAAGCAUCUUCACAAACUCACCAACCGCGAUGCAGUUACAGAAAAUGGUGAUGGCGCUGAUAUCAAGGGAAAGAAAGCUGCUGAUCCCGUUCCCGAAGCUGUUUCUAAAGAGAUCAAAGAGGUGGAAUCUCUUCUUGCCGAGAUGUCGGCAAAAAUGUUUGAUCUUGGUGCUGCUCUUGAAAAGGAACAGGACGGAGAAACGAUUGGUAACGAGUUGAAGACUGAAAAAUCAAAAACAUCGGUUAAUACUACCGAUGUGUCUGGUUUGGUCAAAAAGACGGCCAAAGUUGCUGAUACCAACAAGCGUGCUAUUUCCGAUGCCGAGACUACUGCCGAGACUGCUACCGAGUCUAGCAAUGAAGAUCAUGCAUCCAAGAAGCCUAAAGUUUAAUUCUUUUAAACGCUGGACCGUGUUUAGCGGUUUACUGAUGUCUUGUAUUCCAUCCGAUUGGCCCUCACUUCCACCAAUAUUAUAACAAAUAGUGAUCAGAUUUAUCAUGAUCUGUCUGUCAAAUGAAAGCAGUUUUAUUAUUCAUGUUUCGAUGCC